GGGUAUUGCCAUGAAUGGACGUAGUGCAAUAUGAAAACUGCUCGAGUUGCCAUCGCUUUAUUCGCGAUUUUCCUGUGCACGCGUCGAACACAAUCGGAAAAUAUUCUAGGAAUAUUCUCAUAUACUUUUAGUACCCCAUACAAAGUGGUUAAACCCUAUAUCCAAUCUCUAGUAAACAACGGACACAACGUAACAAUAAUCUCAUCGAUAAAUUUUCUACCGGACAUCGAGAACGUUCGGCACAUUCGUGUUGCAGCUUUAGAUCGCUUCAUAGAACAUACCUUGUCCUUUGAUUAUAUAGAAUGGUCAAACAGCAAAUGGAAAGAAUCCGUAAUGUUCUCCAGCUUUUGUUACAACAGUUCGCACAGCAUUCUCAGCGACUCAGGAGUGCAAUCCUUGUUACAAGAUAAAUCCGAGCACUUUGACAUGAUCGUUUUGGAGCCAACGAACUCCGAUGCGCUUAUUGGGUUCGCUGAUCAUUUUAAUGCCUCCCUCGUUGGUUUGUCGACGUAUGGUUCUUCUUGGUUGACUGAUCAUCUAGCUGGAAACUCGGCGCCAAGUAUCUAUAGACCCAUACAGCCAAUGGGCUAUUCUCAUAGUGAUUCACUGAUGGAUAGGUGGAACAAUUGGUUUUAUAUAGCCGAGGAAUGGAUGAUCGACAGACUAAUUAUUUUACCUGGACAGCUGAAGCUGUUCACACACUUCUUUCAACUUCCAUCAUCGCGUUUUUUCGAGCGACGCACAAGCUAUUCUUUAAUGAUAAUCAAUCAGCACUUUAGUCUAAGUCGUGUUCGGUCCAAUGUGCCCAAUAUUAUCGAGGUGGCUGGUUUACAUAUGGCAGAACCCAGUGAGCCACUUGAGCCAGAAUUGCUGGACUUUGUGAAUGGAGCGGAGCACGGUGUUAUUUACUUCUCCAUGGGCAUGGAGAUUCUUAACAAAUUUCUCCCGAAGAACAUGGAAGAAAAGAUGCUGCAGACCUUCGCACAGCUGAAGCAGCGAGUUGUGUGGAAGCACGAAAAGCUCACAAUGCUCAAUAAGUCGGAUAACAUCUAUUUAAGUCCCAUGACAUCACAGCGUCAGCUCCUGGAGCAUCCGAACAUGAAGCUUUUCAUCACACAUGGCGGACUGUUGAGCACUAUCGAGUCAGUGUACUCGGGAGUGCCGAUGUUGGGCUUGCCUAUCUAUUUCGAUCAGUUCGACAAUGUGGAAUGCAUGGUAAAGAUGGGGUUAGCUCGUAAACUGGAUAUCAAUACUCUCACAGAGGAGCAGCUGAUGAAUAAUAUCCAGGAACUGCUGCAGAAUCCCAUAUAUGCUCUCAAGGCGAAGGAAAUGUCCAAGCGCUUUCGCGAUCAGCCAACAAGUCCCAUUGAGACAGCCAUCUGGUGGACAGAGUAUGUACUAAGGCACAAGGGAGCUCCUCACAUGCGAAUGAGGGAUCAGGACAUGGCAUUUUUUCCUUAUUAUAAACUCAACAUAUUCUCGAUACUCUUCUGUCGUAUUGGGUUUUCUGCAAUCCUUGUUCUCCUCAUCUGCGUCAUUGUUGGGAACUUUAUCUUGAAGGAGUUUCUGAGAAUCGCUGAGGAGCCUCCGUUGUUGUUUUACACAUCUAUAUAAAGAAAGAGAGUUCAUAUCGUUAGUAAUAAGUGUAAUGUGAUUCGGUAAUUGCUACCAUUCUGCUAUCCACGACCAGUAAAAAUUGUAAUCUCAUUUAAUAAUUAAAAACUCCUUUAAGUAUAAUAAACUUGAUCGCCAUACAA